GUUGCUCACUUGAGGAUGCUCAGUAAGUCAGCAAGGUCAUAGCAUGCGACAGUGAGAUGCAGAUGAACCCUAAGAAACCAAUGGCCGGAUGGAUAUUGUUGGUUCUAUGAUGGACAUCAAAAUGAAGUUCAAGCUACUGCGACAUAGGUGCGCAGCUGCCUUCGAAUGGGUUGGAAUUCUUCCAGUCACCUUCAUAACGCUCGCGAUGCUUCUUCUGCCAACAGUGAUGCCCCGUGCGAUUCUCCGGGUCUCGUUUCACCAGAAGGCCGUCGCACCAGAUGUUUCGAGGCGUAGCACCGCGUCCUCGGUGCUUGAGGCAGUGAGAUGGUAUUUUGAAGCUGGCUGGUUGUGGAAAGAAGACACGGCCGAGCUUUCCAGAAGAGGCUUGGUCAGUGAGCUGCUUCACUGCUUCACCCUUAUCAGACAGCCAUCCACUGAUGGCAAGGCUCGAUUGACCUGCGAAUUGCCACCAAGUGUAUGCCUUCACUCAGCGGCAGGUUGCGAUAUCCUUUACUUUGCCGAGUCUCACUGCUCAUGUGCAGAUGACAUUGUCGCAGGCAUCAUGGAGGAAGCCCGCACCGAGACAAUCUAUGCAGAUAAAGACUGGAAAGUCAUCAAGGAUCCAAAGAUGACAGCAAAUAGCAUGCACUACACUGCGUGGUCGAGUCACCGAGAGCUACGCACUGCUGCCGAGUUGCAUCAAAGGCAUGUGCCCCUUCUCCGGAAACUGCUGCGCGAGGGCAUUGCAGCAGUGCUGACAGCACAUCCAGAUCUCAGGAGUGAAUCUGAAGUGGCUGUGUUUAUGCACUUUCCGCCCAACAUCUUCCGCCUGCAUGUACAUUUCGUUCCGACAAACAGGACGAUGUGGGCGCCACGAGAAGAAGUUAUCCAACUGAUUCCACUGCUGGAGUCUUUGCAAGAGGCUUCUCCAAGUCCUGUGCUUUACCCUCCGAGCAUGGUUUGCAAGCAGCUACAGAAACUGAGUGUAAAUACUCAAGUUCAUUGUGUGAUUUCACUUUGUGAGAGUAGCCAUUAUGAGGACGAGGCGAGCUACGUUUUGGCACCGCCCUUUGAGCUGCAAGUCAUGGGGCUGAGCCACUGCUUUCCAAGCAAGGUGGGCAGAUCGCUACAGCCGGCCGAUUUGAAAAAGAACGCCUCUCUGCCGACGAGCGCUGGACGAGCAGAAACGCGGAGAUCGAGUUGCACUCUUGGCAUGGUGAAGAGGACAAGCUGCAUCAUGUGCAGUGAUGGAGUGUGCUUUCAUGGACUUCAUCAAGACAAAGUAGCACCACAGCACUGUCCUCCAAAGAGAGGAUUCGGAAUAUUGUCGUAGUUUAUUCCUGUGACGCUAGGGUGAUGAGAGUGCGAUGUCAGCCAGUGCAUUGUGCGAGCAACAAGGAAUCCUCAUUGCUUGCAACAGCCACUGGUAGGAUCUUUGUCUCUAUUUGUGGAAAAAACA